AUGUCGAAGGAAAUUGUUUGCACCCAUCUCAUCGACUUCAACGGCGCCCUCGCCUUCCUCUCUAGCCCUCAAUGCGUUGCCGUUUCAAGCAUCACACUUUCCAAUCUCCAUUGGGACAUCCUCUCCCAAGGCGGGACCAUGGCACGCGUGCGUCCUGAGAAAACCCCUUGCCCGCGCCCGAGUGGCAGCAAGCACGUCCAUGACAUGAUCGACCUCCAUCACCUUACGUCGCUCACACUCUCCGGCAACGACCCCUUCACCCUCCUUUCCUUCAUCACCCCACCGCCCUUCCUUACCUCUCUCACGAUCGAGACCGUUGGCCAGGAGCGACGCUGGACGGACAACAACGCCAUCCUCGCGGACUUCCUGAUGAAAUACUCUAGGAAAAGCGGGCCACCCAAAAGCGGCUACAAAGCAUACGCGAACCUAGUCUCCCUCCGGUUGACCGACAACGCCUUUGGGGACUUCGCCAACGGCGUCGAGGUAUUCCGCACCCCAGGGCUGGCGAUGGUACCACACGUCGAGCUUGGCUGCACCUAUCCUAUCCGCCCCGGCUGGUCGUACCCCAACCCGGGGCAGUCGGACGAGGAGCACGCGGCGAUGUUGUACAAAGAUAUGCAAGAGAACAGCGCACGCACGUACUCGAGGCUUGGAGAUCAGUGGUGGGCACUCUAUCAAAAUCAUGGGUAUGAGGAGGCGGGGCGUGGACAGGGAGGAAGGCUUGUGGCACUUCCUGGGUUACAUUUUGGGUGGCAUAAUAGAUGGGACGAGGGGAGGAAGGCAUAUGUGCCAGACGCGGCCUACACUGAUCGAUUCUUGAGGUUGGUGUGGAACAAGGGAUGUAGGUUUUCGUUGAUCACUCAUCUUCCUCGUCACUGGGAUGCACUAGCUCCCCAACGUGCUGAGUCUGUAGUCAGGGCGUACGCGUAA